AUGUCGAACAACAGCACAAUAGCGGUGCCGCAAGUCAAAACGGGCACGUCUACGACCUCAAAAACACCCUUCCACUUUGCAGCUGGUCUUUGUUCCGGCCUCACAUCCUCCAUUCUCCUCCAACCCGCCGAUCUCCUCAAAACCCGAGUCCAGCAAUCCCAAGGAGCCGCCCUUCUCCCAACCCUGAAAACAAUUUUAUCUUCCCAGAAUCCAAUCCGUGGACUAUGGCGCGGCACGCUCCCUUCAGCCCUGCGGACUGGCUUUGGCUCUGCGCUCUACUUCACCAGUCUUAACGCGCUGCGCCAAGCCGUUGCGCAGAACAACCCAUUGGCCUUAGCUAGCCCAGUAAUGGGCACCAAGUCAUCCUCGGUUCUCCCCAAACUCUCCAACACAGCCAAUCUCGCCACCGGAGCUGUCGCAAGAGUCGCCGCGGGCUUCGUCAUGAUGCCCGUCACCGUGCUCAAGGUCCGCUACGAAUCUGACUAUUACGCAUACCGCAGUCUAAUGGGCGCCGGUCGUGAUAUUGUGCGGACUGAAGGUCUCCGUGGGCUCUUUGCAGGAUUCGGCGCGACUGCCGCUCGUGACGCGCCAUAUGCCGGUCUCUAUGUUCUCUUCUACGAACAAUUAAAGCGGCGGUUCGCGCUGAUGGCCACCCAAUCUGCCAACGAUGGGGCUCCAGGGUCUGGCAUGUCAUCCUCGUCAAUACACUUUGUUUCUGGCGCAGCAGCAGCUGGUAUGGCAACCGCUAUCACGAAUCCAUUCGACGCUGUCAAGACCCGACUGCAGCUCAUGCCUGCUAAAUAUGGGAACAUGGUGCGUGCUACGCGUAUGAUGCUCCAAGAAAACGGCCUCCGAAGUCUCUUUGGUGGGCUUGGUCUCCGCAUGACACGCAAAGCUAUCAGCUCGGCGCUUGCCUGGACCGUCUAUGAAGAACUGAUUCUGCGAGCCGAGAAACGCUGGGAGAAAAAUCACCAAAUGGGCCUUUAG